UACCGUCGCACUUGGCUCGGUCUGCGGAUAUGGACACACCCGGCUUGCGUAUGGAUGCUAUCAAGGUCGCCAAGGUGGACAACGUCAUCUACCGCGGAAACGAUGGGCAGUCCUCCGGCUGCCUGCAUCUUACAGCACAUCACCUUAUCUUCACCGAGGACUCUUCACAGAAGGAGAAGUGGGUGCCAUACCCGCUCAUCUCGCUGGUCACACGAUUACCUCAGACCCUGAGGGGUACAUGUCCUCUUGCAAUCCGAUGCCGGACGUUCGAGACCUUUGUAUUGUAUUUCGAGAAGGAGGAGAGCUCAGCGGACGUGUUCGAUAGCGUGCGUGAGCUCACCGUGACGCCGAGUAUAUACAACAUGUAUGCUUUCUUCUACUCCCCGAAUCCGCCGUUCGACGUCAACGAUGGGUGGGGAUUGUACUCUUCCAGAGAGGAAUUUGCGCGCAUGGGCAUCGGUUCCCGCACCAAGGCUUGGCGAUUCACGGAUAUAAACAAGGACUACUCUUUCUGCCCAACCUACGCUGCCCGUCUGGUCGUCCCAGCGCGGAUAAGCGACACAGUGCUCACGCACGCCGCGAAAUACCGAAGCAAGGCGCGUAUACCCGCCCUGACCUACCACCACUGGGCCAACUUCGCUACUAUAACGAGAUCUAGCCAGCCCAUGGUCGGCCUCACAAACAGCCGAUCUAUACAAGACGAGAAGCUCGUCGAGGCCAUAUUCCAGUCACAUCUGAAUCCUGCAUCCGCUUAUGGUGGUGAACCUAAGCACAAGCCCAGCCAUCAAGUCGUAUAUGGUGCAACAGCAACUAAUCUGAUUAUCGAUGCUCGGCCGACCGCGAACGCCAUGGCGAACGUGGCAAAAGGUGCCGGGACAGAAAAAAUGGAGCACUACAAAGAAGGGAAGAAAGCCUAUCUCGGCAUCGACAAUAUACAUAUCAUGCGCGACUCGCUUGCUAAAGUCGUUGAAUGUGUACGGGAAGCUGAUAUGCUUGCUUCUUCCCUUCAAAUGAGCGACAAUGGACAAUCGGCUACGGUGUUAUUGGAUCGGCAUGCGCUGAGGAAGUCUGGUUGGCUCAGGCAUAUUUCUGCGAUUCUUGAUGGUGCACUCCUUAUUGUUCGAAACGUGCAUGUCAAUUCUUCACACGUCUUGGUUCACUGUUCUGACGGAUGGGAUCGUACUGCUCAACUGGCGUCAAUUGCCGAACUCUGCCUCGAUCCAUUUUAUCGCACAUUCCGCGGCUUCCAGAUUCUUGUCGAAAAGGACUGGCUGGCUUUUGGCCAUCGGUUUGCGGACCGUUGCGGACAUCUCUCUUCCGAAAAGUUCUUUGUAACUGCCUCUGGGGAUGCCGGCACGGGUCCGGGUGGCGCAGAUGCCGCGCAAGCUUUCUUCGCUUCGGUGCAAAAGCAAUUUGCCGGCCAAAGUCACCUCAAGGAAACGAGCCCUGUCUUCCAUCAGUUUCUUGAAUGCGUUCGGCAGAUUCAACGACAAUUCCCUACACGUUUCGAAUUCAAUGAGCUGUUCCUGCAGAAGCUACACUAUCACCUGUACGCCUGCCAGUUUGGGUCUUUCCUUUUUAACAGCGAGAGAGAACGACGCACUGCCGGCUCGGAACAAAGCCAACCACCUUGGCAACGGACCUACAGCAUUUGGGACUUCUUCAACACAAGCAGGAAUAAAUCGGAGUACCAGAAUGCCGAUUACGACCAUGCCCUUGAUGAACCAACGCGACGAGACCCUGGCUCCGAUAUGGGGGUUCUAAUGCCCAACCCACGUGAUGUCCGCUUCUGGCACCAGCUUUAUGGAAGGUCGGAUGAGGAGAUGAACGGGCGUAUCGUGGUUAACCAAGCGGUUGGAGCAGAAUUUCUUGGGCCGAUCGAUAGCAGCUCGGAAGAUCCUGUACUUCCGGACGAGAUCGAUGAUCUGACCUCGCUGGCGGCAUCAUCUGAGCCAAUCAGCCGCACAUCAACACCAUCAAUCGUGACAAUGCAAGUUGAAUCUCUCCGUACAACUCCGGGGGUGGACUCAGUGGGCCUUUCCAUGCAUGGUCAGUCCCAAACUGGGUCCCUCCCUGAUCUAGUACAUGUUCAGGGUGCACAAUACCUGCCCCUGCCGAGGACGCGCACCCCACAACCAUCACCCCGAGGUGGUCUACCAGAUAUCUUCUCCGAAUCCUCCGGCACGACCAUGCGAUCCCUGUGGGCUUCUGUUUCCUCCGGCGCCCGAACAGCCGCUUCCGCAGCCCAAGCGGCUUACGGCGGCGUGGCCAAGGAGAUCAGUAGGAACUUAGCGGUCGACUCCACUGAAAGAGAAGGGGAGCUUACGGAACGAAAGGCACCGACGUAUACGCCAUAUCUGCCGAAGGUAGGGGGAUCACAAAUGGUUGUGGAGCGGAAUCCCUGGUCGGAUCCCGCUCCGCUAACUGUUGCAUCUCCAAAAUCGGAUGCUUCUUCUCCGGUGGAAGUAGAACCCUCGACGUCCACCUUCGCUUCGCUUUCAAUUAGCGAUCCUUCAAUCGCACUUCCGACACGCCUUUCCAGAACAUCAACACAGGAUACCUCCAGCCUUACUGCUCGUGCAUCACGCUUGACUACCCAGUUCACGAGCCCUCUGGAUGACGUGUGCGUAACAGUCGCACCAAGUGCCACAAUCCCGGCUACCACUGUAAUCAAUGCAGAACCGGUUAUCGCCCCGCCGGUAGUAGAAACCGACCUGAAAUCAAAUUCAGAUGCGAACUAUGAUCCACUCGGGGUUUGGGCUAACGGGUGACCUGUGCAAA